AUGUCGACACAGUACAAAAGGCAAAUGGCAUCUCGGUGUCGUAUUGUGCUUUAUGAUAAGAAAGAUAUAUUUGGUUUUGCCUCCCAUUUUUGGCACAGAGCUCCUAAUAAAACCCUAGGUGGUAAUAGUGAUAAAGGUUAUCUUGUUCCUGAUAAUGUGCCCCUUUCAGCCACACCUGAGAUUAUGAAACGGCCUGCUCGAUAUAUAAAUCUUGGUCGACAGCGUGGCUGCAGGCUACUGACUGCAGUUCUCUGUGGCUUUCUAAGUGGUGAGUGGUGUGGCUGUCCCAGCCUUCAGCGGCUUGCAUCAUGCCAGCUUUGUCAACAGGAUCUGGGAGCGACACAGACCUGUGGGGCUCAGAAACAGUCCACUCUGGCCACCAGAGUCUCCUACUCAGUAGGCAUCCCCUGUGUGGGUUGCAUGCACCUGCUGGCUUGGGGGCCUCUGGCUGUGGGAGUGUCACUAGGGGGCCACUGCACCGGCCUGCUGCUUCUGGCAGGGCCGUGGAAGCAGUGUGGAGGGGGUAAUAGCAGUAGAUUUUCCUGUAGUACAAAGUCACCUUCAGUAGAUACUGUUAAUCAGAAACAGUUAAAAGUUUAUACACAAAAGAAUCCGGUCACCUCCCUGAAGAGUCCUGGGCAGGCGCUGUCGCAACCUUUCUUGGACCGGAGUCUGAUGGCUCCUGAAGGAGAUGGAUGGUUUCUGCAGUCAGCUACUGUGGAACAUGGCGCUACUGUCUACCCCAGGGAAGCUUCUAGUCUGUAUGAGCUGUUGACUGCUUUGCCAGCCCAGCUGCAGCCACAUGUGGAUAGCCAGGAAGACCUGACCUUCCUUUGGGAUAUGUUUGGUGAAAAAAGCCUGCAUUCACUGGUAAAGAUUCACGAAAAACUCCACUACUAUGAGAAGCAGAACCCCGUGCCCAUCCUCCACGGUGCAGCCGUCUUGGCUGAUGAUUUGGCUGAAGAGCUUCAGAACAAGCCAUUGAACAGUGAGAGCAGAGAGCUGUUGAAACUACUGUCAAAACCCAAUGUGAAGGCUUUGCUCUCUGUACAUGAUACUGUGGCUCAGAAGAAUUAUGAUCCUGUAUUACCUCCGAUGCCUGAUGAUAUUGACGAAGAAGAAGACUCAGUAAAAAUCAUUCGUCUGGUCAAAAAUAGAGAACCACUGGGAGCUACCAUUAAGAAAGAUGAGCAGACUGGGGCCAUCAUUGUGGCUAGAAUCAUGAGGGGAGGAGCUGCAGAUAGAAGUGGUCUUAUUCAUGUUGGUGAUGAACUUAGGGAAGUGAAUGGGAUUCCAGUAGAGGAUAAAAGGCCUGAGGAAAUAAUUCAGAUUCUGGCUCAGUCUCAGGGAGCAAUUACAUUUAAGAUCAUACCCAGCAUCAAAGAGGAGACACCAUCUAAAGAAGGCAAGAUGUUUAUCAAAGCCCUCUUUGACUAUGACCCUAAUGAGGAUAAAGCAAUUCCAUGUAAGGAAGCUGGGCUUUCUUUCAAAAAGGGAGAUAUUCUUCAGAUUAUGAGCCAAGAUGAUGCAACAUGGUGGCAAGCAAAGCACGCAGGUGAUGCCAAUCCCAGGGCAGGCUUGAUUCCCUCAAAGCAUUUCCAGGAAAGGAGAUUGGCUCUGAGAAGACCAGAAAUAUUAGUUCAGCCCUUGAAAGUUUCCAACAGGAAAUCAUCUGGUUUUAGGAGAAGUUUCCGUCUUAGUAGAAAAGAUAAGAAAACAAAUAAGUCCAUGUAUGAAUGCAAGAAGAGUGACCAGUACGACACAGCUGAUGUACCCACAUAUGAGGAAGUGACACCGUAUCGGCGGCAAACGAACGAAAAAUACAGACUUGUCGUCCUGGUUGGUCCUGUAGGAGUAGGUCUGAAUGAACUGAAACGAAAGCUGCUCAUCAGCGAUACCCAACACUACGGUGUGACAGUGCCCCACACCACCAGAGCAAGAAGAAGCCAGGAGAGCGAUGGUGUGGAAUAUAUUUUCAUUUCCAAGCAUUUGUUCGAGACAGAUGUACAAAAUAACAAGUUUAUUGAAUACGGUGAAUAUAAAAACAACUACUACGGCACAAGCAUAGACUCCGUGCGGUCCGUCCUGGCUAGAAACAAAGUUUGUUUGUUGGAUGUUCAGCCUCACACAGUGAAGCACUUAAGGACCCUAGAAUUUAAGCCCUACGUGAUAUUUAUAAAGCCUCCAUCAAUAGAGCGUUUGAGGGAGACAAGAAAAAAUGCAAAGAUUAUUUCAAGCAGAGAUGACCAAGGUGCUGCAAAGCCCUUUACAGAAGAAGACUUUCAGGAAAUGAUUAAAUCUGCACAGAUAAUGGAAAAUCAGUAUGGUCAUCUUUUUGACAAAAUUAUAGUAAACGAUGACCUCACCGUGGCAUUCAAUGAGCUAAAAACAACUUUUGACAAAUUAGAGACAGAAGCCCACUGGGUUCCAGUGAGCUGGUUACAUUCAUAA